UGUGUGUGUGUGUCACAUUUUUAGGAAAGCAUGCGGUUUUUGGACAACCAGAUUGACCACAUCAAGGGUUACAAAAAGUGGGCAACGAAAAUGGUCACACAGGAUAUAGGACAGUGUCGGCCCUUGUCUGAAAUUCUGUACUUCUUGGAAAACAUCUUCUGUGCAUAUCUGGUGGAGCCUCUGAACAUCUUCUGGCUCAGUCUCUUCUGGAGCUUGAUCCUCUUCAUCCCCAACAUCUCCUUAUCUCUCCUACUGUCCAAGUACUACAGGGUCAUGGAAUACUCGGAUGAAUACGAGUAAGAAGCAGACCUACCUAACAAUAAGAACAUGAAACAUUCAUCUCAGUUUAGUUGUAGACUGCUGUAUGUGCUGCACGGUCACUGCUGCCUUUUUGGGAACUCCAG